CACACCAUGGCGUCCGGUUUCGGCUACACAGGAGGCCCAUCCCGAUGUUUCCCAUUCUGGCAGGAGUUCGCCAAGUGUUACGCACAGGCUGACUUCCCAAAUCAGUGCAAGGCACAGAAGGAGGAUUAUGUAGAAUGCUUGCAUCACACGCAAGAGAAAGCGCGUGCCAAAGCCCUCCGCCACGAACUCCAAACCCAACAAGCACACCAAGCCCACGUCGGGAAACAAGAAGCCGACAUCAAGGCUACCUCUGCACCUAUCGGAGUGGGGCUUAUCAAGCCUUUGCCUGAGGAGUCUUGA